AUGGCGCCGACAAGACCGAUCGUGUUCCUCGACAUCACCAUCGGCGGACGCUCCGCCGGCCGCAUAAUCAUGCAGCUCUACAACGACAUCGUCCCCAAGACUGCUGAGAACUUCCGCGCGCUCUGCACCGGCGAGAAGGGUGUAUGCAAGACUGGGAGCCCGCUACACUUCAAGGCCUCCUCGUUCCACCGCGUUAUCAAAGGCUUCAUGGUCCAGGGUGGCGAUUUUACCGCCGGUAACGGCACCGGGGGCGAGUCCAUCUACGGCGAGAAGUUUGAGGACGAGAACUUCGAGGUCAAGCACUCCAAGCGCUUCCUUCUAUCUAUGGCCAACGCGGGCGCGGACACGAAUGGCUCGCAGUUCUUCAUCACGUGCAGCGCCACCCCACACCUCGACGGCAAGCACGUCGUGUUUGGCGAGGUCAUCCGUGGCAAGUCUGUCGUCCGCGCGGUCGAGAACACCGAGACCGCCGGCGGCGACGUCCCCAUCGAGCCGUGCGUCAUCGCCGACUGUGGUGAGCUCCAACCGGACGACCCGGCACUCAAAGAGUCGUCUACCGGCGACGGCGACAUCUAUGAGGAUUACCCGGAGGACCAGGACCCGGUGGAGGGGAAAGACGUCGGGGAGGAGCCUCAGGUAGCGCUGCAGAUCGCGAAGGAGGUGCGCGAGGUCGGGAACAGGCUGUUCAAGGAGGGCAAGUUCGAGGCUGCUCUUCACAAGUAUCAAAAGGCCGUGCGCUACAUCGACUACCACGUCGACCUCCCCGAAAGCUCACCCCCGGAGCUUCGGGAUUCCUUCGACGCCCUCCUCGCGCCACUGCUCCUCAACAGCGCGCUCGCAGCGCUCCGCGCCGGCGGCGCCCCCAACGCGCGCCUCGCGCUCCGGGUUACGGACCGUGCGAUCUCAAACCUGACCCUCAACGACACGGACAAGGCGAAGGCGCUCUACCGCCAGGGCCUCGCGCACGUCACGAUCAACGAGGACGACGAGGCGGAGGAAGCGCUCGCGAAGGCGCACACGCUCGUCAAGACCGACACCGCGAUCCAGGCCGAGCUCGAGAAGGUGCGGGGGCGCCUGCGGGGCAAGCGCGACAAGGAGAAGGCGGCGUUCAAGAAGAUGUUCCAGUGA